AGCCGCUAAGUUAUAAAUACCAUCGAGUGCCGGGCAGAAGUUCUCAGUAGUCCCCAGUCAAUCACACACACCGCAGAUAGCUAACAAUAACCCCCUGUCACUGCAGCGUUCAUAGCUUAUCAUGUUUGAACUUUUGCUUGUUUUUUUCACCCUUUACACCCUCACUUAUUACUACCUUAGUUACCGUCCGUCGCGAAAACGUGUCUAUGAACUGGCUACGAAAAUUCCGGGACCCUUCGAUUGGCCUCUGAUCGGUAGCGUGCAUCUCAGUAUCACAGCGGGAUCAAGACAAAUAUUUGACUAUUUGCUCCAGUUUCUGCACACCACCCGUACGCCAAUUCGUGCCUGGAUAGGACCGUUUCUAUUCGUCUUUUUCGACAAACCGGAACACCUGGAAGUAAUCCUAAAUUCUCAGAACUGCGUCAGCAAAUCCUACGUGCACAGAUUUUUCCGUUUCGAGAAAGGAUUACUGAACUGUGCUCCGGAUCUUUGGAGAGUUUUGCGGAAACGAUUGAAUCCUUCGUUUUCUUCGACUAUUAUCAACAAUUUCGUCCCUGCAUUCAGCGAUCAGGCAGACAAGCUGGUCCAAUACCUCGAGCCAUUCGUUGACCGAAAAGCUAUGGAUUUGCUGCCAAAAGUGAGCAGUUAUACACUAUCGGCCGCCUUGUUAAAUCUGUUCGGAGUGAAUGUGCGAGUAAAUGAUACUGAAUACAUCGAACAGUUUGCUGACAAUGCAGAAAAGAUGUGGCUACUCAUGUGGGACAGAAUCUACAAGCCAUGGUUUUAUCUCGAUUUUGCAUAUAAACUUUCACCCAAUUACAAAAAAGAAAAGAAACGAAUACAUCAACUGCAACAGCUAUCAUGUGAGAUCUAUACUGCGCGUGAAUCCCUAAGACCCAAACCAAAUCCAGAACAGACAGACGUAAAAGCAAACACAUCAGAGAUACUAAUCGAACGCUUAGAACGUAUGACGUUCGUAACCAAAGAAAUCGGCGAAGACAUUUUGUUGCACAAUAUUGACACCUUUCUGUUCGCCAGCAACGACACAACUUCCAACGUCAUUGCCACUACCUUGCUAAUGAUGGCCAUGCAUCCCGAUGUGCAGAAGCGGGUUCACAAGGAGGUAAUGCAAACUAUUACAAGCGAUACGAUCACUUACGAAGAUUUGUGCUCGCUUCAGUAUCUGGAAAUGGUGAUCAAAGAAUCGAUGCGACUUGUGCCAGUUGCUUCGGUUAUAGGUCGUGUCUGCGAGCGGGAGUUGAAGGUAGACAAUUGGACCAUACCGGCUGGUACAGAGAUUAGCAUUCCCAUUUUUAAGCUACAUCGAGACAAGUCGAUUUGGGGCGAGCGAUCUGAAGAAUUCGAUCCGGACAAUUUUUUGCCGGAACGAUGUUCGCAACGACAUCCAUACGCGUAUCUUCCAUUUGGUGGCGGGAUUCGGAACUGUAUAGGAAUCCGAUACGCGUGGACAUCAAUGAAAGUAGGGCUGGCUAAGUUGGUGCGAAAGUACAAAUUUUCGACGGAUUUGAAAUUAAAAGAUAUAAAAUUUCAAACAUCACUAAUAUUACUGAUACAUAAUAGACAUAUGAUGCGAAUUGAAAGACGGUAAA